UCCCCGCCGCCGGAUCCAUCAAAGAUCCCCUGAUAGUCGACCCUCUCCCCCUCUACUUACCCCCCCCCCCUCCCCCCCGCUGCACCAUCUCGCAGCUCUCCCGGCAGCGCUGUCCCCCCGAGGCGACGGGAUGUGAUCCACGCGGCCACUCCCCGCGCCGCUCCGGUCGCUGAUCCCCGCCCGGUUGGCGCCCUCGGAGCGAGCCGGGACUCGCCUCGUGCCCCCCCCCCAACCCCCCCCCCCCCCGCACAUCGCCCCCAGCGCGGGAGGCGAGCAUCCAUCGCCGCGCGGGGAUGUGAGCCCCCGGGACGCGGGACCGGAUCGUCCUCACACCGCGCGGUGCCAUGGCGACUCCACUGCUGGAGGCGCCCCAGGAUCCCAGCUGCGCGACCCCCGUCAGGGCACCGCGAUGCCCCGCGUCGUCCCCGCGCCUCCCGUGGCCGCCGCUCCUCCUGCUGCUGCUGCUGCUCAUGGUGCCGGGGAGCGCCCCUGUGCUCACCUCCCUGCCCAUGGCCGCGCUGCUGGACGACACUCCGGCGUGCGGCCGCGGCGAGAAGCUCGCCCUGGCGCUCGCCAAGGAGCACGUGGGCUCCGAGGGGCUCCCGCGCGCUCGCGUCGACGUGGACGUCCACGAGCUGCUGCACGACAACGACUACGAGGCCACGGAGAUGGUGUGUCAGGUGAUGGAGAAGGGCGUGGUGGCCGUGCUGGGCCCCUCCUCCAGCCCGGCCUCCUCCUCCGUCAUCAGUCACGUGUGCGGUGAGAAAGAGGUUCCACACGUGAAGGUUGGGGCGGAGGAGACGCCCAAGCUGCUGUACCAGCGCUUCGCCUCGGUCAACCUCUACCCCAGCUACGAGGACGUGAGCAACGCCAUCGGCAGCCUCAUCGGAUUCUUCAAUGCCUCCACCGUCAGCCUGCUCUGCGUCAAGCCCGACUGUCUCAUGCGGUUGGAGGAGCUGGUGCGGAAGUUCCUGAUCGCACGCGACGCGUUCACCGUGCGGAUGCUCGCAGAGGACCAGGACCCGACGCCGCUACUCAAGGAGAUCCGCGACGACAAGAUUAGCACCAUCAUCCUGGACGCUCGCGCGCCCACUGCCCUUACCGUGCUCAAGCGGGCGUCCGAGCUGGGCAUGCUGUCUGCGUACUACCGCUACAUCCUCACCACACUGGAUUUCCCCGUGGUGCAGCUGGAGGGCCUUCGAGCGGACGGCCCCAGCAUCCUGGGCUUCUCGCUCUACAACGAGGCUCACCCCUUCUACCCCGAGUUCGUGCGCAGUCUCAACAUGUCGAGCAGGGAGACCUGCCGGAGAAGACGGCCCUUCCCAGGGCCCGAGUUGACGGCGGGGCUGAUGUUCGACGCGGUGCACGUGGUGGUGAACGCCGUGCGGGAGCUCAACCGCAGCCAAGUGGUGUCGGUGAAGACGCUGUCCUGUAGCUCGCCGCACAUCUGGAACCACGGCACCAGCCUCAUGAACUACAUGCGCACCGUGGAGUACGACGGGCUGACGGGCCGUGUUGAGUUUAACAGCCGUGGACAGCGAACCAACUACAGCCUGCGCGUUCUGCAGCUGAAAAGAGACGGCUUCAAGCAGAUCGGGAAGUGGCACUCGAACCGGGGCCUCAUGAUGGACAUCACCUUCCCCACGGCGAACCCCUCCGAGAGCCUAGCGAACCGCACGCUGACGGUCACCACCAUCCAGGAGAACCCGUACAUGAUGCUGCGGCCCAACUACAAGGAGGUGGAGGGGAACGCGCAGUACGAGGGCUUCUGCGUGGACCUCCUCGCCGAGAUCGCCGACAUCCUCAAGUUCAACUACCGCAUCAAGCUGGUGGACGAUGGCAUCUACGGGGCGCCGGAGCCCAACGGCACGUGGACGGGCAUGGUGGGGGAGCUCAUCCAGAGGAAGGCGGACCUGGCGGUGGCGUCGUUCACCAUCACGGCGGAGCGCGAGAAAGUCAUCGACUUCUCCAAACCCUUCAUGACGCUCGGCAUCAGCAUCCUGUACCGCGUGCACUUGGGCCGCAAGCCCGGCUACUUCUCCUUCCUGGACCCCUUCUCCCCGGCCGUGUGGUUGUUCAUGCUGCUCGCGUACCUCGCCGUCUCCUGCAUUCUCUUCCUCGUCGCCAGGCUAUCGCCGUACGAGUGGUACAACCCGUACCCGUGCCUGCGGGGCCGCACGGAGCUCGCCGUCAACCAGUACACGCUGGGGAACAGCCUCUGGUUCCCCGUGGGGGGCUUCAUGCAGCAGGGCUCCGAGAUCAUGCCCCGUGCGCUCUCCACCCGCUGCGUCAGCGGCGUCUGGUGGGCAUUCACCUUGAUCAUCAUCUCGUCUUACACAGCGAAUCUGGCUGCUUUCCUUACCGUUCAGAGAAUGGAAGUGCCCAUCGAGUCAGCCGAAGACCUCGCUGACCAAACUAACAUCGAGUAUGGCACCUUACAGGCCGGCUCCACCAUGACCUUCUUUCAGAACUCGCGCUACCAAACCUACCAGCGCAUGUGGAACUUCAUGCUGUCUAAGCAGCCGAGCGUGUUUGUGAAGAGCACCGAGGAGGGCAUUGCCCGCGUGCUCAACGCCAACUACGCCUUCCUGCUCGAGUCCACCAUGAACGAGUACCACCGGCAGCGCAACUGCAACCUCACGCAGAUCGGCGGCCUGCUCGACACCAAGGGCUACGGCAUCGGCAUGCCGCUCGGUUCCCCCUUCCGUGAUGACAUCACACUCGCGAUCCUCCAGCUGCAGGAGAACAAUCGCAUCGAGAUCCUGAAGCGCAAGUGGUGGGAGGGGGGCAGCUGCCCCAAGGAGGAAGAUCACCGCGCCAAAGGCCUGGGUCUGGAAAACAUUGGCGGCAUCUUCGUGGUUCUGUUCUGUGGCCUCAUAAUGGCCGUGUUCAUCGCUGUUCUCGAGUUUAUCUGGAACUCGCGAAAAACGGCCUCCGAAUCAGAUGAGGUGUCUGUUUGCCAGGAGAUGGUGAGCGAGCUGCGCCGUGCUGUCUCGUGUCAGGAGACGUCCCGGCGGAGACGCCAGCCCCGACGGAGGCCCGGCCGCGCGCCGCCACUGCCGCCGCGCGGGCCGCACGCCCCCGACGCCUCGGGCCUCCACCUCAAGCUCGCCAACGGCAAGCUGGUGGCGGGGGGCGGCCUCGCGGAGCCCCCCUCGCCGGCCUGCACGCACAUGCACUCGUGCCGCGAGUGCCGGAAGCAGUACCGGCUGAGGCUGCUGGCGGCGCGGGCGGCGCCGGACGCUCUCCACCGCGACACGGAGCAGUCGUCGCUCUGACGGCCCGGCGCGAGCAGCGGAGAGAAAGGGAGAGAGGGAACGAGAGACGCGGGCGGGGAGGCCGCACGGCGUGACGGGGGGGCCAUCCGGACAGGUCAGGGCGCCGCCGUCGCCGCCGCCGCGAGGAGAUCCGGCGCCGGCAUCCCGAAAGCGCCGGCCGACCGCCGGCUCCGCGCGACGUCGAUCGAGGCUGAACGGCUCCUCCUCCUCCUGCCCACGAGUGGCCGCCAACGCCAGUGGAGUCCGGCCAGGACGUCGCGGCCGCGCCGACCGCGUGCUCCGACUGGCCACGCGGAACGUGCACGCGCGCAUGUGCGGCGCGUGCCUUGGACGCGCGGCGCAACGCAGGGACUCGCUCGCGCCGUCGCGCAACGGCGCUCCGGCCGACACGUCCGGCACCACGCGGAACCCGACCAGCGGCGCGGGGGGGGGGGGGGCCGGGGGCUGCCGUGGCAGAGCUCACGCGGCUCUCAAGCGGAGCCGCCCGCUCCGUCACGGAGAUGCUCCCCGUGCCGCCGAGACGGGAGGAGGUCGAAGCGGGCGACGCUGCCGCCGGGCCGCGGUGCGCCGAUGGUCACGACGGCGGCGUUCCGCUUUUAAAUUUGGCGGCCCCCUCCCUCGCCCCUCCCCGCAACCCCCCUUACCCCCUCCUUGUCCAGCAGCGGCACCGGAUGUGACCCCCACGGUGACUGUGGCUCCCGCACGGGAGCCGGUGACGCCCGGUCGUUCCCCGAGACUUCAGGGCGGCGACGCGGCGUUGGAGUCGCGCGGUGACCGACGGAGCUGCCUUGUACCACGUGCUAAAUCUGCUCAGAGUAGGGUUGUUGUUUUUUUCAUGUACGCAUUAGUCAUCGGUCUGGGAUGUCAAGUAUCGUGAGGCGGCGAUGUCACCAUCGUCACCCCCCCCCCCACCCGCGCUGCCCUCCACCACCCGACCCCCAGCGUUCAUCCCCCAUGUGCCCCCAGCCUCUCCAUGGCUCUCCACACCUGUGACGCCCCCUCACGACGCGCAGGUGCAUUUCAUCACGGGGCAUUCGCGGUGCAUCACGGGGCAUUCGCGGUGCAUCACGGGAAGGCGGCGAUGCCUAAUCUCCCCAACCCCCCGGGGAACGGCGAUGUCACGGUUUUGUUUUCUCUUGUCUCCACAUCACUAACAUUUUCCCAAAUAAAGAGGUCAAUUUACA